CGGGGGAAAUCAUAAUAGAUGCCAUAAUUAAAACGACAUAAUAAUGAAUGAAACUCAGUCCUGAAUCCGACCUUCGCCGUUAGGAUUAUUCUUGGGAGAUUGCCAACAUAUUGCCGCUUUAUAUGUGAUGUAUGUAACCAACACUCUUGUCAUCAUGAGUUUCUUAUUUUGCCAGAUUACAUCUGUUGCCAACGGCUCGCCUGUCACAGCAUCAUAACCAAAGCAGCCUGGAUCAUCAAAAUGGCCCACUGGACCAGAUUUGAGAAGGAGCUGGAUCUGGAGACCAGGAUACUUGCCUCUCAUUUAACUGGCAUUCAAGAUGAGGAGGACAAGAACUAUCAAAUGGCACUCAAGUUUAUCUGGUCCAAUUUUAAUGGGUGAGCCUGACUCCAGGGCUUGGUUGGAGCAGCAUAUUGUCACUUCUUAUUGGGUUCCCAACUCUCCCCGAUUUCCACACAGCCUCCACCUGCAUUCCAACCUCUACAACGUCUGGGAUCAGCACUUGUAUAACUCUGGGCCUCUUUACCUGCCAGAGGAGAAGUCUUUUGUGACAGAGACUCAAGUGAUUCGGGAAACUCUGUGGCUUCUCUCUGGGGUUAAGAAGCUUUUUAUUUUCCAGCCCAAUGAUGGCAAAGUGAAUGUAAGGAAUGAUGUCGUAGUCACACAUCUUACCAAUAACUGUCUUCACUCAGUAUUGGAGCACAUAGCAGCUUACGGGCAGGCUGUUUCCCAACUGCAGACGUUUAUUGAUGAAGUGUCAGGCCACAGUGCAGAGCCUGGUCCUCCAAGACUCAACCCUUCGUCUUCCUCCAAGAAGGGCUCUGAGCCUCCCUUCAGGCCCUACCAAGCAUUUGUGUGGGCCCUGUAUAAAUACUUUACCAACUUUAAAGAACAGCUCAAUACAAUAGAGAAAGACAUUAUUGGCAAAGAUGAGACUGUGACCCUGUCAUCUGUGUUAGACCGGUUAAGCCCUCAUUUGGCUCAGAUCACAGUGCUGCACAGGGUUUUCUGCACAGGAGUGGCUGAGGUCCCACCCGGAACGCCAAACUUGUUACGAGCCUCACACUUACUCAACACCCUUUACAAGGCCAUCAUAGAAUACGACAGCAUGGGCGAGGCCUCCGAGCAGUCCGUGGCACUUCUUUUCUCUCUCUGGGUUGAAACAGUCAGGCCAUACCUUGAGAUUGUGGAUGAAUGGAUUGUUCAUGGUCACUUAUUUGACCCAGUCAAAGAGUUUAUAAUUCAGAGGAACAAGGAUGUACCAGUGAACCACAGGGACUUCUGGUACGCCACUUACACUCUGUAUAGCAUCUCUGAGCCUAUGGAGAGCGAGGAGAGGCUCAGUGACGCUGCCAGCGGAAGCUCUGGGGGGGAGCAGGCCUCCAGCAGCAGACAGCACACAAUGGUAUCCUUCCUCAAGCCUGUACUCAAGCAGAUCAUCAUGGCAGGCAAAUCUAUGCAGCUGCUGAAGAACCUGGAUUGCAAGGAGACAGAGCAGCCAGAUGGCUCCUCGAGAGAUGCCGAAAGGAAGAGUCUGUACACGCUCUUCCUGGAAUCAGUACAGACACUCCUUCGACAUGGAGAAGAGGCGCCCACGAAUACGGGUAAUGAGCAACAGGCUACUAAGAAGAGCCUGAUCAAGAUGCAGUCCAUUGUGGCACAGCAUCUGGAGCUGGACGACAUCCAUGACCCCCUUCUGGCUAUCAAUUUUGCGAGGCUAUAUUUAGAGCAGAAUGACUUCCAUGAGAAAUUCUCUGGCAGUAGUGUGGUUUUGGACCGCUCCUCUGAGUCUGUUACAUGUCAGACAUUUGAGCUCACACUACGCUCCUGUCUGUACCCACAUAUUGAGAGGAGAUACAUCGAAUGCUGUGGAAACCUGAAGAAAGACUAUAGUCUACUGGGAUACUUGCAGGCCAUGAGAAACUACUUCCUAUUGGAGGCUGGGGACACUAUGUUUGAUUUCUACACAGCCAUCUUUGACAAAGUUCUGGAGAAAGAGAGCUGGCAGCAGCUGGCGUUCCUCAAGGUUCAGCUGCAAGAGGCUGUCGGACAGCGCCACCCAGAGGACAGCAGUCGGCUGUCAAUAUUACUUGAAACGAUUGACCCUGCAAGAAAAAAACAACCUGUGAAUAACCUUGAUGGUCUUACGCUGAGUUAUAAGGUUCCAUGGCCUGUAGAUAUUGUUAUUAGUUCGGAGUGUCAGAAAAUCUACAAUCAGGUCUUCCUACUGUUACUUCAAAUCAAAUGGGCUAAAUAUAGUCUGGACACAUUGCGAUUCAGUGAUUUGACGGUGGCUGCCAAAAGGCAAGGAGGCCAAUCUGAGAGCACAGCCAAAGAGCCCAUAAAUCAGCAGAUUCACAGGAUGUUUCUCCUAAGAGUCAAACUCAUGCACUUUGUCAACAGCUUGCACAACUACAUUAUGACUCGGAUCCUUCACAGUACAGGUCUUGAAUUUCAGCAUCAAGUACAUGAAGCUAAGGACCUGGACCAGCUCAUCAAAAUCCACUAUAGAUACUUGUCCACCAUUCAUGACCGAUGCCUGCUCAGAGAGAAAGUCAGUUUUGUCAAGGAGGCCAUCAUGAAAGUGCUGAAUUUGGUGCUCAUCUUCUCAGAUAGAUGGCAGGCUGGUUUUGGGGCCUGGAAAAUUGAGUCGAUUGACAAACUGGAGUCUGAUUUUAAAAACUGUCACAUGUUUUUGGUGACUAUUUUAAACAAGGCUGUGUGCCGAGGCUCAUUUCCUCAUUUGGAGUCCUUGGCUCUGUCUCUGAUGGCUGGAUUUGAACAGUGUUAACAAACAGAACAUGGUUAUUCAGUCCAAGGCACUGAAAACAAGACUAAUUAUUUAUUGUACUGCUGUAUGACUGCUGCUGUACGGUUGCUUUUUGUCUCCACCAUAAAGUUUGACAUCAUGGCACAUCAGAAGAAGCAAUUGUGUUUGCAGACAGUGAAGCUUGUGUUACAGUAGUCUGUCAACAGCACAGACGCUGCUCCUAGAUUAAUUAAAUAAUGUUUUGAGGACAAUAUGACUGGUACUUUUUCAUCAUUGUGUCAGCCUGUUAAUGUCUUAUGUAAAAUGUCAGUGUCCCUUACCUGAAUACAUUGGUUAUACGAGAAAAGAAGACAUUCCUUCUGGAAAAAACAAACAAACAACUCCUAGCUUAAACUUGCCUAUAAUGGUUUUAGCUGGUCUCCCAUCCUCAUCUGGUCUGUUGCUGGUGUUAGAGGGGUUUUGGACACUUUUCAGCUGGUCAGGUUGGGAGACCAACUUUUAACUACCCAAGCUGCUUUUUUCAGCAGGGAUGUCAAAACUCAAUUUUGUUGUGUUUUAAAAAUGUAUAAUAAACUCAACAGUGAAUAGCAUCCUGACUAAGACUGUAAAGAAUAUAAAGUACAUUUUGAAAUUGUAGAGUAAAUUUGUAAGCAGUUUGUAAGUGUUUGCUCAAGGAAUGUUGAUUACCAUAAAGAUUUAUUUUGACGCACAAAGAUUUGUGUUGAAUUGAGGCACUUACAAUGGAAGUGAAUGGGACUAAUCUGUUAAAUUAAUCUGUUUCAUCAGUAUAGCCACAAGACGUAAACAAUAUGCGUGUUAACAUUUUAGUGUGAUAAAAUAGCUUACAAACCUUUUCUGUGUAAAGUUAGAUCCAAUUUUACAACUUUGUUGCCAUGAUGACGUAAUGCCAUAAACCCUAUAAAAAUGACUGUAAAAACAAAGAUUUAAACACUUUUACAGCUCAAUUAUUACACAAGAUUUAUCAAAAGAAUAAAUGUAAGUGCUUUAAUAUAUGCUUCAAAUUUCUACCUUUAAACCAAGGGCGUAGCAAGGAAAUUACUUCUGGGUGGAAUUUAAUAAAAAUUGAUGGGCCAAGAUUUUUUACUAUUUUUUCUUUACAACAGAGAAGCGGUGCAUUCAAAUAGUUCUUUCACACUUUCAGAAAUCGGAAUUUAUGCAUUUUUAAACUAUUUUAUAAAUAUAUAUUUGAAAUAUAAGAAUAAUUCCUAAUAUUCUGAGUGGGCCCAUGUACACCUUUGCUACGCCACUGCUUUAUACCCUCCAAAAAUGUGUCUAUUUACUUUCAUUGUAAAAGUAAUUUUUUUGGUAAUCAAUAUUAUGCCACAAAUGCUGUCAAUUGACCUAAACUUGUAUUGAGCCUGGGAUAUUCCUUUAGUGCUAUUUAUUAUUGUGCUAAAUGGAACAAUGCAUAUAAUAAAGUCA